CCUCUUCUUUCUCUAGUCCUGAAAACCUGGGAUGAGAGUAUUAAUAAUGGCGUGGACCUGGCACAGGCUUACUGCUCUUCUCCAAUGUCUGGCAUCUGUAAGCGACGUGUAAACAUUGAGGUGUUCGCUUCAGAGCGUUGACAAACAUUUAACGAAUGUUACAAUGUUACCUCACCAAGUAAAUCUCCGCUGAAAGCUUUCCCGGACUGGACUUAUAGUUGGAGCGCUUUGCCAUGUCGUUGUUAUGUGUCAGAGUGAAGAAAGCCAAACUCCAAGGCCCACCAGACAAGUUUAACACCUAUGUAACAUUGAAGGUGCAGAAUGUUAAAAGCACAACCAUCACCGUGCGUGGGGACCAGCCCUGUUGGGAACAAGACUUCAUGUUUGAGAUCAACCGGCUGGACCUUGGCCUCAUCGUUGAGGUUUGGAACAAAGGGCUCAUUUGGGACACUAUGGUUGGGACCACCUGGAUUCCUCUUAAAAGUAUUCGCCAGUCUGAGGAGGAGGGCUCAGGAGAGUGGACUUUCUUGGAUGCGGAGGUCUUGAUGAGAGCAGAUGAGAUAUACGGCACCAAGAACCCCUUGCCUCAUCGGGUGCUGCUGGACACUCGCUUUGAACUGCCCUUUGACAUCCCAGAGGAUGAGGCGAUGUAUUGGACGAGCAAACUCGAAUGCAUCAACACGAUGGGAAUUCAUGAUGAGUACCCCCUUCAUGAUGAUGGCCAAACUGGACAGUUGCCGUUUGCUGCCUCUCAGUGCUGCAACUAUUUCGGAUGGGUUGAUCCAAAGACUUUAGAUGACCAUGACAGUGCUGUUGAUGACCGCGACAGUGACUACCGCAGUGAGACCAGUAACAGUCUGCCUCCUCGUUACCAUACAACAUCUCAACCAAACUCAUCCAUGCACCAGUACCCCAUGGGUCCUGGGCUGCAGAACCACCCUGACAGCUGUACAGACUCUAUCCACAGUUAUGACCUGGAUUUCAGGGACCAGAGAGAGAUAGGAAGCAGUCCAGUGGAAAGUAGUCGUUUUGGUUCAUCAGGGAAUUUGAGCCAGAUCAGCUCUCAGCUUAGUGAGACUGGCCCUGAGAGCACUGGAGGAUCCGAACUCGAGGAGUCCUUUCACUCCUACCAUAGUACUGGUUUACAACCCACCGCCCUUGGGAAGCCACCUACUCAUGGACACGUCUUCAGUAAUGGACAUUCUAAUAUCACUGAGCAGAAGAUGCACAGGUUGUCUCCUGAGGAUACAACUUUGAAAAAAGUACUUCCACCAGAGAAAGGAUCACCUAAAUUUCAAAGAAUCCAUGAUGGAGGAUCAUUAUUGCCAUUUUCGCCAUCCAGAGUUCGUUGGUUGAAGGCCAUCAAUAAAGUCAGGGUCCAGCUGAGGGAGGGGCGAGAAGUGGAAUCUGAUAAUAGGCAAGCCUGGGUGAAACCAGAUGAGGGAUCUGGUCUGUAUGGAAUUGACAGCAUGCCAGACUUGCGAAAAAAGAAACCCAUCCCAUUGGUCAGCGAUGUGGCUAUGUCUCUCGUUCAAGCCAGGAAGGCAGGGAUCGCCUCUGCCAUGGCUGCACGGUCCUCAUUCAAGGACGAAGAGCUGAAAAACCAUGUGUAUCGGAAGACCCUGCAGGCACUUAUUUACCCAAUAUCCUGCACAACACCACAUAACUUUGAAGUUUGGACUGCCACCACACCCACAUACUGCUAUGAGUGUGAGGGGCUGCUUUGGGGGAUUGCUCGCCAAGGCAUGCGUUGUUCCGAGUGUGGGGUCAAGUGCCACGAGAAGUGCCAGGAGCUACUUAAUGCUGACUGUCUACAGCGUGCUGCGGAGAAAAGCUCCAAGCAUGGAGCUGAAGACCGAACUCAAAAUAUAAUCAUGGCUAUGAAGGACCGGAUGAAAAUUAGGGAAAGAAACAAGCCAGAGAUCUUUGAGCUUAUAAGAGAAGUGUUCAACAUCACUAAAUCCUUUCACAUGCAACAGAUGAAGGGUAUUAAACAGAGUGUGUUAGAUGGAACCUCAAAGUGGUCGGCCAAGAUCACGAUCACAGUUGUCUGUGCACAAGGACUUCAAGCCAAAGACAAAACGGGAUCCAGUGAUCCAUAUGUUACUGUUCAGGUGGGAAAAACCAAGAAAAGAACCAAGACCAUCUACGGCAACCUAAAUCCAGUCUGGGAGGAAAAAUUCCACUUUGAGUGCCAUAAUUCAUCAGACCGAAUUAAGGUGCGUGUGUGGGAUGAAGAUGAUGAUAUCAAGUCUAGGGUGAAGCAACGUCUCAAAAGAGAGUCUGAUGAUUUCCUUGGACAGAGCAUCAUUGAAGUUCGCACGUUGAGUGGAGAAAUGGAUGUGUGGUACAAUCUCGAGAAGAGGACGGAUAAGUCUGCUGUGUCGGGCGCCAUUCGCCUCCAAAUCAAUGUGGAGAUCAAAGGAGAGGAAAAAGUGGCUCCAUAUCAUGUGCAGUACACCUGUUUGCAUGAGAACCUGUUCCACUAUUCAACUGAUGUGCUGGGUCAGGGUGCGGUGAAGAUCCCAGAGGCUCGUGGAGAUGACUCAUGGAAAGUCUACUUUGAUGAUGUGGCUCAAGAAAUAGUUGAUGAAUUUGCCAUGCGCUAUGGGAUUGAGUCGAUCUACCAGGCAAUGACACACUUUGCCUGCCUUUCAACUAAAUACAUGCGUCCAGGAGUUCCUGCAAUGAUGAGCAGCCUGCUGGCUAAUAUCAAUGCUUUCUAUGCCCACACAACUGCUUCAACCAAUGUGUCUGCUUCAGAUCGUUUUGCUGCUUCAAAUUUUGGGAAAGAACGAUUUGUGAAGCUUUUGGACCAGCUGCACAACUCUUUGCGUAUUGAUCUUUCCACCUACAGAAACCACUUUCCUGCCAGCAGCAAAGAUCGCCUGCAAGAUUUAAAAUCCACAGUGGACCUUCUAACCAGCAUCACCUUCUUCAGGAUGAAGGUCCAGGAAUUACAGUCUCCACCAAGAGCCAGCCAGGUGGUGAGGGACUGUGUCAAGGCCUGUCUCAACUCCACAUACGACUACAUCUUCAAUAACUGUCAGGAGCUGUACAGCAGACAGUACCAAUCUGCAUAUACAAGCAAAGAGGAGGUUCCUUUGGAGGAGCAGGGUCCAAGCAUCAAGAACUUGGACUUUUGGCCCAAACUCAUAAUGCUUAUUGUUUCCAUCAUAGAAGAAGACAGGAAUUCCUACACACCUGUGCUCAACCAGUUUCCUCAAGAACUGAAUGUAGGAAAGGUCUCAGCCGAGGUCAUGUGGACAUUGUUUUCUCAAGAUAUGAAGUACGCAAUGGAAGAACAUGAGAAGCAUAUACUGUGUAAAAGUACAGACUACAUGAACUUGCAUUUUAAAGUCAAGUGGCUCUACAAUGAAUAUGUAAGGGAGCUACCAAGCGUCAAAGGUAUCGUUCCCGACUACCCAUCAUGGUUUGUUCAGUUUGUUCUUCAAUGGCUGGAUGAAAAUGAGGAUGUAUCAAUGGAAUUUAUGCAUGGAGCACUGGAGAGAGACAAAAAAGAUGGAUUCCAGCAGACGUCUGAGCAUGCUCUGUUUUCCUGCUCUGUUGUGGACAUCUUCACCCAGCUCAACCAAAGCUUUGAAAUCAUCAAGAAGCUGGAAUGUCCUGAUCCAAGUGUUAUGGCACAGUACAGCCGCCGCUUUUCCAAGACAAUUGCCAAAGUUCUUCUGCAGUACAGUGCCAUUUUGACCAAGAACUUUCCUUCUCACAUUGACAAGGAGAAUAUUCCUUGCGUCCUCCUGAACAAUGUGCAGCAGUUAAGAAUCCAGCUAGAGAAGAUGUUUGAGUCGAUGGGUGCCAAACAGCUAGAAGAAAAUGAUGAUGAGGAGGAGGAGGAAACAAGGGAGGAAGGGGAGAAAGUAGAAGAUGAGAUGGAUUCACCAGUAGAAAAGAUGGACACAGAAGCCAGUGACCUAUUGUACGACUUGCAAGUUAGGCUGAACAAUGUGCUGGACGACCUCAGCAGGACAUUUGGCAACAGUUUCCAAAGCUGUAUCAAUGACUGCAUGAGACAGAUGGCGUCCUUGUUGUAUCAAAUCAAAGGGCCACUCAACGGCAACACCAAAAACCAGGUGGAUGCCGACUCAGACAACAUGCUGCGACCACUUAUGGAUUUUCUGGAUGGAAAAUUAACUCUGUUUGCCACUGUCUGUGAAAAGACUGUAUUGAAGCGAGUUCUUAAAGAGCUAUGGCGGAUAGUAAUGACCAGUCUGGAGAAGACGAUUGUCCUGCCACAGGGAAAUGACACCUUCGGAGCACAGAUACUGUCUGCUGCUAAAGACCUGGGACAGCUCUCCAAACUAAAGCAAUACUUCCAUGCUGGAGGCAACGGCUUGAAGAAAGCCUUUCUGGAGAAGAGUCCAGAGCUUUCCUCAUUGCGCCACGCUCUGUCCCUCUACACUCAGACCACAGACUCACUAAUCAAAACCUUUGUGACAACCCAACACACUCAAGUGCACAAUGGAAAGGGUAUUAGGUUUACUCCAAAUGAAAAAAUACAGCCCAGCAGGGGAUCGGGUGUGGACAAACCCAUCGGGGAAGUUUCCCUUCAGAUUGAGCUGUUUACUCAUCCCAAGAGCGGAGAGCGGAAAGUUACGGUCAAAGGUCUGGUAGAACUUUUAAAUAUAUAUAUUAAAGGUCAUUAUAAUGUACUAAGAUAUGUUUUUGUUAUCAUUUUUGCUUCACUAGUCAUAGGAGCCAGUGAUUUGAAAUGGCAGACAUCUGGUAUGUUUCGCCCAUUUGUUGAAGUCACCAUGAUCGGACCUCACCUCGGCGACAAGAAACGCAAAUUCCAGACCAAGUCCAAGAACAACAGCUGGUCUCCGAAGUUCAAUGAAACCUUUCAUUUUGUUCUGGGUAACCAGGAUGGCUUUGACUGCUAUGAAGUACAAGUCUGCGUGAAAGACUACUGUUUUGGCCGCACUGAUCAAGUUGUGGGUUUGGUUGUGAUGCAGCUGAGAGACAUCAUGGAGAAGGGAAACUGUGAUUGCUGGUGCCCUCUGGGACAACGCAUUUACAUGGAUGACACGGGCCUCACCGCCAUGCGGAUCCUCUCACAGCGCUCCAACGACGAUGUGGCAAAGGAGUUUGUGAGGCUUAAGUCUGAAACUCGAUCUGCCGAAGAGGGUCGAUGAGGACACUUGGGGGAAAACUGGACAUUCAAUAUGUUCUAGCUGCUGCUGAAUUUUAAAUGAUGCCUUGCCAAGCUCUCUGGCUCUCAUUUACAUUUUUAUCAUUGAUCGAAUGCUUGGUUUACUAGUUUCUCAUAACAGCAAUAUUUACUAAUGUAUUUUAUAGCUCACUCAAGCUUUUCUUACAAGCUAUUUCGAUUUAAACCUUUUCUUAAAACUCCUUCCUUAUCUGCCUAAGUGCCAUAUUGUGUAUGUCAAAUCUCUCCAGAGGGUUAAAUAAGUUCCUACAUUUCCCUGGUGUUCCCAUGCAAUAACCCUGAUCUCUCUAUUGAAGUUCAAUCUAUUGUUUUAAGCCUUACACUUGAAACUGUGAAUGUGUGAUGUAAUAUACUUUUAAAGAUCAAUUUCCUUAAUGACUUUAGUCAAUUUUAUCUUUAAAGUUCUUUUUUUGAAUGGAAGACUUAUAAGCCAGAGACAGUCCACUGACAUGAAAUGAUUUUGCAAAGUUAAGAGUGAACCUGUGAGUGACUGUAUAUCAUAAUAACCCCUUCAUUUUCUCCUUUAAAGAACCGAUCAGUUAAAUAUGUGCCUUCUCCAUUCAAGUUGACAUCCUGCUUGUAUUUAACUUUGUUGGCAAUACCUGUUCACUAUAACUCAAAACCUCACAGAAUUCCUUCUCUGUUAAAACAUUUUAACAAGUUUUUAUUUAUUAGCUCUUUUAAGAAGUCUUGGUGGCCUGGUAUACUGGAUUCUGUAGCCAUUUUUCUUUUUUUUUCUUCUUGACGGUCUCGGAUGUUUGAAAUGUGUUUCCAGAUUGGCAUGUUUGUGAAUUUGCACCUAUUGUUUGUGCUGCUUCAGUUUUGUGACCAUAACAAUGAAACAUAUGGCAACAAAAUAGUAGAAACCAACAGUUGUAAGACUUUUAGCCAUUUUAGAAAUUAAAAUCAAAAUGAAACAAAAACAUACAAUUCCGUUCCAAGAUAAUAACAUACAUCAAGACAUAAUAGGUGGAAUUUAUGAGCAAAUGUGUUUUCUAUACUUGGAUAAUCUGGUUACUUGGAGGAAAAGCUUUCCCUGUUAAACAGUGGUAGUUUGCAUAUAUUCUCCUCUGUUUUCGAACCUCGGUAAAGAGGCCUUAUGCUUAUGAAAAAAUGCCAUACUUUUUUUUUUUUUUUUUUAUUCUAAAAAUAAAAAAAUCCUUCUGGUCAAUACCUUGGGGUAUGUAGUCGUCACGUGAAUUUUCCAUUUGUCAGUUCUAGAUUGAUUUUGUCUUCAUGAUCCUGCAGUCCAGCCGCUCUACCCAAACUGCUUUUCUUUAUUCUGUGAUAUUUGGUGUUGAAUGGUUCCAAAUGUCUUAAGUGUUUUCAGUUAUCCUUCCCUGAUGAUGUGGGAUUUUUUUAAUUUAGAUCUGUAGAUGGGAGGGAUUUAUUUGAGAUUCGUAUGUUAGUAAAUUUUUCCAUAUCUGAAGGAAACAUUUCAGGAAAUAUUUCAUCUGAAUUGGGCAUCUACAGUGUAUUAAAUAUGAAACUCUCAGUGUGUGUUUGAAACCAUAAAAACAUAUUCUUUUUUUCUAACUUGGUGUUUAUCCAUGUGAACUUCAUGUAUUUGGUAUAUGAGCUAAUGCCUCUA